ACCCUCGAGGAGGGGCUCUGCGGGUCUUGCUCAGUCGGCUAACUAAAGUCCAUCAACAAGCUAGUUAGCGCUGAGUGAACGCCAUGAAUGUUCACAGUGAAGCCCCGCUGGCUUUACGAGAGCAUGGACACAAACUAUUAACGACAAGAUUCAUUUGGUUGUGAUUCGGUGCCUCAUUCAUGCGGCCGUUUGUGUUCGGAGGAGUUUGAGAACGGAGUGGCGGGCACGUUCAGUCGUCACUGCUUGAGAGGACAACACGGAACACUCACCGAAGAGCAUGGUGGUUCCGGACAGCGCCAGCCUGGUCCCCCAGCCUGAGAGUGGUAGUCCCCCUGGCCUCAUGGAAGGCUCCAAGCUUGGAUGCGAGGAGGAAGUGGAGGGGGGUCAAGACCUAGCCGUGGUGGAGCUGGAGGAGGUCCGAAAGUUGCAGGAACUUGUUCAUAGAUUGGAGGUGCAGAAUGAGACGCUGCGCAACCGGGGAAGCAAAAACAUCAUCAACAGAGGAGCCAGCAGCGAGAGCAGCCUCACCUUGGCUGUCAAUAUCAACGAAAGCCUAAAUUGUGGAGGGGGCAGCAGAGACUUGGAGCUGUCCACCCCGCAGGAAAGCUGCAGCAGCAGUGAAGAGAUGUCCCCACUCCCUGGCACCAACACGCUGGAGGAGGAGGAGGGUGGAGAAGAUGAUUUAGUGGAGGAUGGCGGUCCGUGCAGCGGCUUCCUCACGUUGACCUGCAGCGGAGGGUCGAGACAGACCCAGGGCCAAAGCGUGACGCCUGACAGCCCCUCGCAGGAGAGUUAUGAGUCAGAGACCCUAGCAGAAAGCGAUUCAGGCGUGGACCAAACAGCAUUAGAUGAGGUGGACGUUCUCGAUUUGGAUGAUGAGUGUGCCGAAGUUGAAGAUGAGGACAGUUGGUUGUAUGUAUCGCCUAAAAAAGAGGUUUCAAACGCAGGCCCACAGUCCCCUUUGAAGUGGUGUCGGCAGGUUCUGGACCACCGUAGCCCAGAGACGGAGAAGGCAUGUCGGACCCUGAUAAACCGUUUGGACCAGUCAUCCCGAUGGAGGAACAUGUACAGCAGCCCAUCAACAGAGGCAGGGUCGGCAGGCUCAGGCUUGAUCUCUCCUGGGUACCACAAAUCGACUAACAAAUCUCUACUAACCUGUGGCAGCUCAGGUGUCUCAGGUGGACCCUCAGCUUUGAGCUCCCAGUCCUCUGUAGACAGCGAACUCAGUACUUCGGAUGACUCCAUCUCCAUGGGUUAUAAACUGCAGGAUCUUACCGAUGUCCAGAUCAUGGCUCGCUUACAAGAAGAGAGCCUGAGGCAGGAUUACGCUUCCAGCUCAGCAUCUGCAUCACGGCGUAGCUCCACAACGUCCCUGCAAUCCCUUCGCCGCGGCGGCACCUACAGCGACCAAGAAUUUGACAAUUACAGCCUGGAAGAUGAAGAGGAUGAAUUCAGCCCUGUGCCCCAGCAACGUCGGCGCUUCACUCCCUCGCCCUUGGGGUCACCUCGGUGCCUGUCGCCCUCCACCUCCAACCACGGUCAGGAGCAUACCAACAGACUCGGGGCCCCUCGCACAAGAACACCCAGACGCUCUCUACAGGGCCCCAGCGCGGAGCUCCUCAAAUUUGCCAAGAGUGAGGAAGAGUUGAGGCACAGCAUGCCUAAUCUGGCCCCCCGCACCAGCCUACGUUCGCUGGAGGCAGUCAGAAACAGCCGCAGCAUGGAGGCUAACCUCCAAAGCUCUGGCAACCGCAUGUCCCACUUGACUCCCUGCCCUUCCUCAGGUAUGGCUAGUAGUCGUCUGCGUGGCAACGGCCAAUCUCCUCUCUCCAUGCGAGCUCCAGUGAAAGCUGUCACACCCGUGGGCUCCAUGGCAGCUCGUCAGCCUUCCAGAGGCCUGCCUGUUAUCCAAGCGCCUACUGCAACUGGGGCCCACAGGGUCCAGCCCACUGGCUCUGCUAAUGGCGGAGCCUACAUACCAGGGAGAACCUCCACUGGGACGGGGCGACCCACGAUGGGCAGAGGGCAGUCUACACCGGCAUCAUCCACUAGAAGUAAACUAUCACAACCUGCCAGAAGGUCUUUGGGUAUGGCUAGAAUCUCAGAUGAAUCCUGGAAAGAUGGCUGCUACUGAGUCCGAUGGCCGAUGAUGAAGGAAUUUCACUGCUGCACUCCCCGCUUUACUCAGUGACAUCUUAGAGUUUAAAGUACAAAGCAAAGUAAGGACUGGAUUUAGUCAAGACUCAUCUCUCUAGCUUGCAUGAAGCAUUGUCAGCAGCAUCCAGUGUGGAUGUGUUGACUAACAAGAAGGCACACUCCCAACAAAGGAUAUUAUGGACAAUCUCAGAGCUUCCAGAAGAUUUCUUUAGGUGGAUUUUACUUAUUUUUCUAUGUGAAACACUGCUGGAGUUAAGGGUUGUAAUUACUUUGUGAAGUUAUUGAUAUGAAGGCAAUUUAAAAGAACAUGUUGGUUUGUGCAUUCCUGUGUGAAUUCCUACUAGAUGUAGGCACUGCAUGCAUGAUGUUUUUUCGUUUUCCUUCCAUUGUUAUGUAACCCUAAUAUGACAAUUCUGUCAUGUGUCGCACAAUAUUAUGUGAAAAUUUUGGAAUGAUUCACAGAUUUUUGUUUACACGGCAAUGAAACUGCAGCAUUGUACCACACUGCCCUCGUUCAUAUUUUAAAUACAUAUGUGUGGAUUGUGCCAAGGUGCAUCUGAGUCACAACACUCUUACCAAAUUAUCACUAGUUCUCAAAAGUACAAUGAUGCAUUUUUAUUGCACAUGCAUUGGCAGUGUCUUUGUGUUUUGGUAUCUACUGAAAUAAAGUAUGUUUAUGCAA